AUGGCGUACACGAACAAGGCGGCCGUCGUCGUCCUCGGCGCGGCGGUGGUGGCCGCGUUCUUUCUCGCAGCUGAGAGCCGCGACAUCGCGCGGCGGAAGGACCUGGGCGUCAACCUCGGCGGCGGCGGCGGCGGUGGCCUAGGGGUUGGCGUUGGCGGCGGCCUGGGCAUCGGCACAGGGAUCGGCAUCGGCAUUGGUGGUGGCGGCGGCGGCGGCUCUGGCUCCGGGUCAGGAUCUGGGUCUUACUCCGGCUCCGGCUCAGGGUCAGGCUCUGGCUCGGGAUCGGGAUCCUGGUCCGGCUCAAACUCAGGCUCGAACGCGGGGUCCGGCGGCGGCGCAGGGUCGUACGCUGGCUCUCACGCGGGCUCGUACGCCGGCUCGAACGGUGGAGGCUCAGGUUCGUACGCGGGCUCCAACGCCGGCUCCUACGCUGGCUCGAACGGCGGAGGCUCGGGUUCGUACGCGGGCUCCAACGCCGGCUCCUACGCUGGCUCUAACGGCGGAGGCGCGGGCUCGUACGCGGGCUCCAACGCCGGCUCCUACGCUGGCUCUAACGGCGGAGGAUCUGGUUCCUACGCGGGCUCCGACGCCGGCUCGUACGCAGGGUCCGGCGCUGGCCCUCACUGGGGGGGCUCUGGUGCUGGCUCGUACGCUGGCUCUGAGGCUGGAUCCUACGCUGGGUCUGGCGCUGGCCCGUAUGGUGGUGGCUCUGGCGCUGGCUCGUAUGCUGGGUCUCGAGCCGGCUCCUACGCUGGCAGUGGGCACGGCAAGUGA